CUUUCCAUUACCGCACACUGCUCUGUAGCCCAGACCAGCAAGUCAUAGAUGACAGUCGUACACGGGGCAAACCCAUGGAGCUCAUCAUUGGCAAGAAGUUCAAGCUGCCAGUCUGGGAAACCAUCUUGUGUACCAUGCGGGAGGCAGAGGUGGCUGAGUUUUUGUGUGACACAAAGCAUGUAGUGUUGUAUCCAGCUGUGUCAAAGAGCUUGAGAAACAUUGCAGCAGGGAAAGACCCAUUGGAGGGGCAGCGACACUGCUGUGGCAUUGCUCAAAUGCAUGAGCAUCACUCCCUGGGUUACCCGGACCUUGAUGAGCUCCAGCAGAAUCCUCAGCCUCUCAUCUUUGCCAUCGAGAUGCUCAAGGUGGAGGGCCCAGGCUCAUAUCGUCAGGAUCCUUGGGCCAUGUCAGAUGAGGAGAAGAUGGAGGCUGUGCCCCUGAUCCAUCAGGAGGGCAAUGAGCUCUACAAGCAAGGCAAGGUGCAGGAAGCUGCUGCCAAGUACUAUGACGCCAUUGCUUGCCUCAAAAACCUGCAGAUGAAGGAGCAGCCGGGGUCCCCAGACUGGAUCCAACUGGACCAACAGAUCACCCCCUUACUGCUAAAUUACUGCCAGUGUAAGCUGCUGAGUGAGGAAUACUAUGAAGUGCUGGAUCACUGCUCUUCCAUUCUCAACAAAUAUGAAGAUAAUGUCAAGGCCUACUUCAAGAGAGCCAAGGCACAUGCGGCCGUUUGGAAUGCAGCUGAAGCUCAGGCCGACUUUGCCAAAGUGCUGCAGCUGGAUCCGUCGCUGGGGCCGGUGGUUGCGCGGGAGCUGCGCAGCCUGGAAAACCGCUUGCGUCAGAAGGACGAUGAGGACAAGGUCCGUUUCAAAGGCAUCUUCUCCUAG